UGUAGUUAGACACUUCUGAUCUAGACAGUCUGAAGAGAGGAUAAUACAAAGACGAGGAGAAGCUUCUUUGGAGCAAAACUCAAACAAUUGGACUAUUCUUGUGCAUUUUCCUAUCAAGGAUCUUAGAACAAGCAAAGCCUGCAAUCAUGCCCGUGUCAAGGAUGAGGAUGAGGCCAUGGCUGGAGAAGAUGAUCGAGUCUAAGACGAUCUCGGGUCUGGAUUGGGUGGACAAGAAUAAGACGAUGUUCUCCAUUCCCUGGAAGCAUGCAGCCCGACAUGGCUGGGAAAUGGAAAAGGAUGCAUGUCUUUUCAAAGAAUGGGCACUUCACACAGGAAAAUACGUUGAAGGUCAGAACUCGGACCCAAAGACAUGGAAAGCCAACUUCCGCUGUGCAAUGAACUCACUGCCUGACAUCGAGGAGGUGAAAGACAAGAGUAUUAACAAAGGCCACCAAGCAGUGCGCGUUUUCAGGAUGUUGCCCGCCACACCUAAAUUGAGAGAUACACGAAGAAAAGCUAAGGAAGCAAAGCCAAGGAAGAAGUACCCAAUGGUAAAGAUGGAGGUAGAGGAGGACUACAGUGAUACCCAGACGUCUAUGCCAGCAGGCACUCUGUCCACUCAGGAGAACACAGUCGACAGCACAAUGCACACAGAGCAGCAAGAUGUUGCUUCUGGGUUUCCAUUUGAUGCUCCAGACUUCUCUAUGUCAGUUGAGAUCGGGACUGAUUUAAGCAGCUUCUCCCACAGAUUUGAAGUUUCCCCUGAACACGAAACUGAAUACGGCCUCACAGACGACAUUAUCGAGAUUUGUGCACAACUGGAGAAAGAAUCACAAUGGAUGACCAGCAGUUUAGACAGCAGGGGGUUCCUGAGCAAUGAAGCAUGCACCAGUCCAGGGAGCCAGUGGAGUGAGUCUUCCUCAGUCGACGAACUAGAAGACUUACCACAAUACACAACUCUGGGCUCAACCCUCAAUUCCAUAGACGAGGUCUGGAACGGCUUCUGCCAGCAGAUCCCCAGACUAUCCCUAGACUACUAGACUGAGGAAUAUGGGACGGGAUGGUGCUUUGUCACUUUGAACUUUUACAAAGCUUGUCCUAUCUACUGACUCCAAUUCGAUGCCGCCUUUCAGUUGACACAACAAUCCUCAUACUCAUCUUUGUCAUCAUCCUUCUGGCUUGUGAUGGGCGGUGUCCACAUUUUAAGCUAAAAACACCGCUCUCUCGUCACCGUUUGCCAUAUGCUUGAUGCUUGGCAGACAGUUCAUCGAGCUUUCCUCAUCACCUCAAACCUUUCAGUGAAUCAAAAAGAAAACGUUGUGAAAUGCACUGCUGUGUUAAAAGAAUUCACAUCCUGUUUGUAGUUGAAGCAUUUGUUUUUGGCUGGUUCAAAGCAUUGUGGUGCUCUGUUAUGUGAAACUCAGCUUAUGGCUUUUGAAUGUACACUAAGUGGUAACUCAUAAUUACCUCAAAGUGCAUCAUCACUGCAAGAUCAUAUUCAGUAAUCUUAAGAUUUCAUGGUUAGAAUUAUAUCAAAUAGUUAUCACACAAUAUCUGUUUUUCCGUUAUAGCAAAAUCAAUUUAUAGUUUAAGGGAUAAGAAAAUCUUAACCGCCGGUGAAAGCUCGACUUCAAAAUGUUCCUGAUUGUUUGUGUUUUCUAAUGCAAGUGUACAUAUUUGUAAAUACUUGUCUUUUAUUGUGUGUUUUUUGUAUAAAAAUAAAAAAAUUAAUUGUGA